UUCUCUUCAAAUUUAUUUCAAUAAUGAUUCGAAAACAAGUCAGAGAACGUCGAGAAUAUCUUUAUCGAAAAAAUUUGGAAGCAAAACAACGGGCUACUCAACAACGCAGAGAUGUGCUUAAACACGCUUUGGAUACCAGCACAAUGAUUCCAACAGAUUUGAGAAAGGACGCGGCAGAAAUGGUUGGGGAUUUGGCUUGGGGCGGGCAAGUGGAUUUAGUGGAUGAUGAAUAUAGAUGGGCUGGUUGUGAAGAUCCUAAUCUCGUUGUGACUACAAGUCGGGAUCCUUCUAGUCGACUGAAAAUGUUUGCAAAGGAAAUUAAAUUGCUUCUCCCAAAUUCUCGCCGUAUUAAUAGAGGAGGACAUGAUAUGAAAAGUAUUGUGGAGGCUUGUACAGCUCAUGGAGUAACCGAUUUAAUUUUGUUGAGUGAAACGCGAGGAGUGCCCGAUUCAAUGAUUGUCUCGCAUUUCCCGCAUGGGCCAACAGCUUAUUUUAGUUUGUCAAACGUUGUGAUGCGACAUGAUAUUCCAAACAUGCCACAUAUGUCAGAGCAAUAUCCACAUCUUAUUUUUCACAAUAUUACUUCUCCGCUCGGGAAUAGGUUAACAAAUAUAUUAAAAUAUUUAUUUCCUGUGCCCAAAAAGGAUUCUAAUCGAGUUGUUACUUUUGCUAAUGAAGACGAUUUUAUUUCCUUUCGUCAACACACAUUCAAAAAAGAUGAACAUGGGGAUAUUGAAUUGACUGAAUUGGGGCCGAGAUUUGAAAUGAGACCUUAUUGCUUAAUUCUUGGCACAAUAGACAAUGCUGAUUCUAGCGAAACUGAAUGGGCUCUUCGUAGCCAUAUAAAUCGAAAACGAAGAAUUUUGACGGAUGAGAGGGAGUAAAGUUGUUUUAAGGUUUUUUAUUGUUAUUAUUUAGUUUAAAUAAAAUUUUUUUGUUAUAAAAUUUAAAAAGAGGAAUAGAUAAGGAAUGGAAAGAAAUGAGGGGAAAGGAGGAUUUUGAGAUAAUGAAGGGCGGGAGAAUUAUUAGGUUAUAAGCCCAGAAAAUAUUGAGUCGGAUUAUUGGGUCGAAUAAAAAAUUUAGAAAGAAAAGGGAAGAAUAGGUAAGAUGGGGAAAGAUGAGGGGGAAAAUUGG